GCAAAACUAGAAUGAAUCUUCUGCAGAACGUGGCAUAAUACGCCACCAUAUGUUUUGUCUUUUGUGCAUUUGAGUUCAGUGCAACACCACCGCUGCCGCUGCAACAGCAGCAGCAACAGCUGCCACAAAAUCAAGUGCUUGUUCACAAUCAACCACAGCAGUCAAUGCAGGGGCAUUUGCAUCCUCUUCAGGAUAGACUGGUGUCUAAUGUAGACCAAGAUCUGAAGCCUUCACUCUUGGAACAAAUGCAGCAUUCUCAAACUCAGCAAAAGCCAGAACAGCAACUGGAUCAAGCUCAAGAGUGCAAUGAGCAAGUUAUCCAAGAACUGCCGCCAAAGGGCAUGGAGUCGGAAUUCCAGAAGUGCUGGCCGCAGGCCCAGCAGAUGCCUCUAGAGGGGCAGUUUUACGAGCCUCAACCACCAGGAUUGUCCAUAUCCCCAGCCCAUGACGGCGCACACAUUGAGAAAUUGGCAGGAAAAGAACUCCAGAAACCUCAGUCCAAUGACCAGCUGGCUCACGGAGGGUGUGAGGGAGAAGAACAAAAGUCCAGAGAGCAGCACAACCAUGAGCAGGUGUCAAAUGGGUCAUGGCAUCAGCUGAACGAGUCAUUGGAUAUAGCCGCCGUUCAGGUCCCGAAGCUCCCAAUACACAAGCAACCUGUAGAGGAGGCAUGUGUCUCACAACCUGGACCAGAUGCACUACGGGGGCAAAACGUUGCUGAGGAGCAGGGGCAAGAACAGCGGGAGGAGAACAUGGUCAUCAGGGAAGUUUUGGUUCACCAGGAGGCAUCCGAAGUACACCAGGCUACGGCAAAUGAAGCUUUCUCUGAAUCUCCGAUUGUGGCCGAGGGGAAUGGAGCAGCAGAUCAGUCGUUGAGAUGUGGAGCACCAGGGCAGGAACGUGAAAAGGAGGAACAAAAGGCCAUUGUUGAUCAAUUGGGAGAAACAAGCCAAGAUGCUUCCAAAGGUAAGGAUGUAGAAGGUAAAGUAACACAGAUGGAGGUCGAUGGUGUAGCUUUGGACAGCGGUAGUCCUUCGGAAAUCACAGAGGUAGGAAAGGAGGUGUCGAAUCAGCCGUCUUCCGAUCCAAAGGUGAAGGUGGAACAGGGCUUGGAAAGCAUUGGUCAAAAUACAAAUGUGUCAGGCGCAGCAUUAUCACAUGAGAAUCAGGGUGGUUUGUCAGGACCUGCGACGCCAAAUCAGAAUGUCCAUCAAUCACAAUGCCUCUCUCCAGGGCAGCCAAGUGCAUCAUCUGGCGAGGGCCAGCUUAGCACUGGCCAAGUUGUAGAUCCUCAGAAAAGAGAGCAGCAGUACAUCAACCAACGACAAUGCUUACUGUGGCUGCAGCAUACAAUGAACUGCAAUGACAGUGACUGCAAAACCUGUCCAAGAGUGAAACCACUGUUGGCGCAUUUGAAGAACUGUCAAACUCAAGGCUGUAUGUAUCAAGGUUGUGCUAAAUUCCGACCAGUUUUCCAUCAUUACCUCAAGUGCAAGGACGAGACAUGUCCUGUAUGCCCAUAUGUAAGGCGUUCUCUGUGGAAGCUGGCACCUUCUGCUGCUUCUGUUGCCGUCGGAGCACAUACGUCCUUGUCCAAUCCGAGGCCAGUGGUUGUACCUGCAGUGGAAAGCCCCUUGAUUCCACCUAUCCCAGGUAGUUCAACAGGACCUGCGAACAGUGGCUCAUUUGUUGUGAUGUCCCCAUCGUCCCCAGAAGUAACCCAAACUCAACUUCCUCCUGCAAAGCGUGUGAAGGUCAACGAUUCACCCAGUGCAGUAUCGACAAAGGCUAUUCAGCAACCCUCGGUUCAGACCCAGUUAUUGAAGAGUUCGCAGUCAGGGGCUGGGCAACCUUCACAAGUGCCUUCCAUUGGGGCAAGCUCGACUCCUGGAUCUGUUUCAAGUCAUCCCUUCCAGACUGCGUCACCAGAGUCAAGGCAGUACCCAUCUUUGAUGGCAACAGGGCAACCGUCUUCUCACUUCCUGAAUUCACAAUUCAACAAGCUUACUCCUGGAUCAUCAUCAGCUGCCACCCAGACACUGAAAGGGGGACGGCCCGGUGCUCGAGGUCCUGUGAAAAAUGCCUCCCUGCGGCCAGUGUCAUCUAAUCAUGUGCAGAGCGCAACACAGACAAGCUCAGUCGGUCUUCCGAACACAGCAUCAGGAGAAAGGCGGAAUUCUGCAGGGCUUCUCCAUCCAAAACUAGAAGGCUCUACCCAUCCAAAAAUGGAGCCAAGUUCACGCCUGGUACAGAAUAACAUUAAACCGGACCUCUCAACAUCAAUGCAAUUAAAGGCUGAGCCCAUCAUGUCUUCCAGCAGGACAACCUCAGUAGGCAGCCAGCUGCAUGCCAAGCAAGAACGAAUGAGUCAAGUCAAGGCGGAUUCAUCUCAGAGCAGCAAGGGGGGGGUUCCCAGUUCAAGAGCAAACACAGCGCUCAGCAGCUCGAGCAGCAGCUUGGACGGCAAGAAGAAGUUGGCAGUGGGCAACAUAAGCGACAGCAGCUUGGGUCAAGGGGCCAUAGUGCCACAACCUACUCAGCAAAAGCCUGCGAAGCCUAAAGUGCCUGGCAUUUCCCUGACUGAAUUGUUCACUGCUGAGCAAAUAGGAGAACAUAUAAGGGGCUUGAGGCAGUGGGUUGGACAGAGCAAGGCCAAGGCAGCGCAGAACAUCGUGCCUGAUGACAAGAUCAGUGAGAAUGCCUGCCGUCUCUGUGCAGUGGAGAAACUGGCGUUCGAGCCACCUCCACUGUACUGCACGGCCUGCGGUGCACGAGUUAAACGGAAUGCCUCCUAUUGGGCCGUUUCGACAGGGUCAGAGACAAAUAAUAUCUUUUGUGUGACCUGCUACAACGACGCCAAGAGUGACACGUUGGAAAUAGAAGGCGGAUCAUGUCCCAAGAGCAAGCUUGUGAAGAAGAAGAAUGAAGAAACUGAGGAAGCGUGGGUGCAAUGCGACAAGUGCGAGAAAUGGCAGCAUCAGAUCUGUGCUUUGUUCAAUGGUCGUCGGAAUGAAGGUGGUGAUGCUGAGUACACAUGCCCGGACUGUUGCAUGGUGGAGAUGGAGAGGGGUGAAAGGAAGCCGCUGUCAUCAUCAGCAGUCCUUGGUGCAAAAGACUUGCCCAGGACGGCACUGAGUGACUAUCUGGAAAAGAGGCUAGCAAAUUCACUGAAGAGGGAGGCUGUUGAGAGGGCUCGGCAUUUUGGGAUUUCGAUUGAUGAGGUUCCGACCGCUGAAGGUCUUGUCAUCAGGGUGGUGUCUUCAGUUGAUAAGAAGCUGGACGUCAAGCAGCGGUUCAUGGAGAUAUUUCAGAAUGAGGACUACCCAGCAGAGUUCCCAUAUAAGUCUAAGGUCCUGCUGCUGUUUCAGAAGAUCGAAGGGGUGGAGGUUUGUCUAUUUGGCAUGUACACUCAGGAGUUCGGAACGGAUUGCCCUCAGCCCAACACACGGCGAGUCUACCUGUCAUAUCUGGACUCUGUCAAGUAUUUCAGGCCCGAGGUGAAGACAGUUGAUGGGCAGGCUUUGCGGACGUUUGUAUAUCACGAAAUUUUGAUCGGGUAUUUGCAGUACACUAAGAUGAGAGGCUUCUCCAGCUGUUACAUCUGGGCUUGCCCACCCUUAAAAGGAGAGGAUUAUAUACUCUAUUGCCAUCCAGAGAUCCAGAAGACACCAAAGUCUGAUAAACUUCGUGAAUGGUAUUUGACGAUGCUGGAGAAGGCAAAGGCGGAGGGUAUUGUUGUAGAUGUGGGCAAUUUGUACGACUGCUUCUUUGUUCAAACGAAUGAGAGCAGAGCGAAGAUCACUGCUGCAAGGCUCCCCUACUUUGAUGGUGACUAUUGGCCAGGUGCUGCAGAAGAAAUGAUUCUUCAGCUUGAAGAGGAGAGUCAGAAGGAUGAUGGAAAGAGGAGACCACAGAAGAAGCCAAAGAAGGCGAAGUCUGUAGCAAAGAAAGGAAGCGGAAAGGGGGUUGCGCAAGGCGAGUUUUCGACAACAGAGAGCAAGGACAGGGCACUCAUUGACAAGCUUGGAGAGUCGAUUGGGCCAAUGAAGGAGGACUUCAUCAUGGUACAUAUGCAUUAUGUGUGCUCACACUGCAGGGAUUUUAUUUUGAGUGGGAGCCGUUGGCUUUGCAAACAGUGCAAAAAUCCUUUCCAGUUGUGCAACAGGUGCUAUGAGGCUGAGAGACGGCGAGAUGACAGAGAGAGACAUCCUCAAGGGAACAGAGAUGUAGUUCACGAGUUCAAGGCGCUGCCAGUGGAACCUGUACAGGAAGAGACGAAGGAUAAGGAUGAGAUGAUGGAGAGUGAAUUUUUUGACACUCGGCAGGCCUUCUUGAGUCUUUGCCAGGGCAACCACUAUCAGUACGACACAUUGAGGCGAGCCAAACAUUCAUCGAUGAUGGUGCUUUAUCACCUGCACAAUCCUGGUGCACCAGCGUACGUGUGCACAUGCAAUAUCUGCCAGAAGGACAUCGAGACAGGCCAAGGAUGGCGAUGUACGACUUGCCAAGAUUAUGAUCUCUGCAAUGUAUGUAAAAAGGAAGCCAACCAUCCGCACAAGCUUGUACCUCAUCCGUCCAUGGCAGAGCAGCAGGUGCAGAACCAAGAGGGACGGCAACAGCGUAUUAAACAGAUGCGAAAGAUGCUGGAACUUUUGGUGCAUGCUUCAGGAUGCGGGACACAGCAAUGCCAGUAUCCAAGCUGUCUGUCUGUGAAGGCGCUGUUUCGACAUGGUAUCAAUUGUAAGCAGAGAAUAUCGGGUGGUUGUCCGGCCUGCCGGAAAAUGUGGACACUCCUGCAGUUCCAUGCCCGCAUCUGCAAGCAGUCAGAAUGUUCGGUUCCUCGGUGCAGGGAUUUGAAAGAGCAUCGGCGAAGGCUUCAGCAACAGAUGGAGUCGCGAAGGAGAGCGGCUGUGAAAGAGAUGAUGAGGCAGAGGGCUGCGGAGGCUGCUGCUCAGACCUGAAGCUGGUUUUCGUCAGACUCAAACCAGCUUAUGUACAGUUUCAGCGAUUGGACUUAGGAUCUUUAGUUACACAAUGUCAUCGCAGGGAUUAGACAAUGACCGACCCUGUGUGCUUUCUGUAUACUCUCUCCCCAAGGUGCCUUAUUUGCCAGAUGUUGAAUCGUGGAUUGCAGACUGGCAGGAGGAUGGGGGAUGAUGGUGUAUAGCUGCCAUGGAGCAGAACAAUGCACCAAGGAAGCAGGAGGGUGGUGGAGGCAUGAGGACGGCUAUUGCAGAUGGUGGGGACCGAUCAUGAUGGGCCACAAUGAAUGUAGACUUAGCUUGGCUUGGAGUCGAGUGCGUGUUUGGUCGAUACAGGUGGACCAUUGAUAAGCAUGCUUAAAAGAGGUAUCUACUGGUUUUGGACUGUGAGCUACUUCAACACACUGCCACGAGAGCCGUCCACUGCUCCACAGGUGGCGCACUGUAUCUGUUGCCUCUGCAUCCGUCUGAACCUCGCUCUGUUGCGAAGUGGCCUUCUGAAUGUGUUUGGCAUGGGCACUUCAGUUUAUUUGCAAUGCCGUUGUAAUUGCUAUGCGCAGUGGUGCUGGUAGCUAUGCUGCUACAGAGAUUUUUUUGUGCUCAUGAAAAUCUACUGCCCACAGGGAGGAGGGGGAUGGGAAAACCCCUAUGUGCAGUGGUGCUGGAAGCCAGGCUACUACAAAGGUUUGUGCCCAUGACAAUCUACUGGCGACAGGAAGCAGUUGGGGAUUUGUCAUUGCUAUGGCGGAUGGCUUUAUUGGGGAGCGAUUUGUGCCGUAGGGAAUCUCCUUACCCCAGACAGUGACAGAGGCCAAAGGGAGAUGUUGUCCUGGUUGUGCAACAGGUAUUUGCGGAGGAGGGCUCAACGCCUGCUGACACUGGGUGUUUUUUUACUAUUUCCUCCGGAUUAUUUUAAUUUCAAGAUGUGUCUGCAUUCCUCCAUGUCGUUUAAAAUGGAAGGGCUCCGAAAAGGCUCUCCACGUGUCUGCAGUGCAGCUGAGGGCUCUAAUGGCUAUGAUUUCCUUGGAAGGAAGGAAGAAUGGGUGAAGCAAGGCCAAGUGUUACGUGCAUUUGUUGAAGCUGCUGUGCUGGUAUUGGUGUGCCAGUGGGCACUGUGUGUGGACCAUCACCUCUGUGGGACACGGGUCUGAAUAGGAGAGUCUGUUGGGGUGUUGGCUCCCAGGCGCCAGUGAUGGAUUGGUGAACCGCAGCUCUGUGCGCAAUGGCAUCCUUGUGUCCUCUUCGGCAAGGAUUUAUGGCACCUGGGCGCAGGGAUCUUUGUCACGUCCGGUCCGUGAACCUUGGGGUUGUCGGUACCCUGUGUUUCUGCCUGCUCACUUCAUCCUUUUUUCCGUCUCUCUAUCCCUUAUUGGUGGCAUAUCUUCCUCGUGCCAUGCCAUAUCUUGGCGGGGGGUGUUAUUGGCUGCUCUUUGUGAAAUGGCGGAUUGAGAAUGCAGCCAAGGGUUGUGUUGAUUGCGAGGGAUUAUCCUCUUAUGAGGAGGGAGGGAAAGGGGAUGAGUCCCUGUGGAGGGAGACCGAGGUGGUGCCAGAAUAGAAGUGGAGCGGAGCGGGCUGCAACAGGAUGGCCAUCUGAAGUUUGCCAUGCACAAAGCCAUGCACUGCUCAGAUUUGCUACUGUGGGUCGACACGGUGUCGGGUUUACUGGUAAUGUAACUUAUUCAAGCAUCUGGUGGGAAAAAUUCAAGAGGUUAACUUUUUUUUCGAUAAUAAAGAAAGAAGACGGAAAGAUGGAUCAUCAUUCCCAAAUGGGACGAACAGCAGCUGUGUGUUCUGCGGUGACUGGUUCCAUCAGGCCACAUCCCCAGCCAGAGCUCCGAACUGCCUGUGACGCACCAGUGCGGACGGCAGGCACUCCUGCUGCAAACUUUGUCAUGGCUUCCAAACAUCCGGCCCGGCAAAUCUUCAAGUGAUUUCGCGAGGAGUCCUUGCGGCAAGCGGGAAGAAAAGGACGAGGACUACGGAGAAGCAUGCAGUCAUGGUAGCAUUGGAGGACGUGCCUGCAGUGGUCGCAGUAGCGCAGGGCUUGUCUGCGUUGGCAAAGAUGUGAUGACGCAGAUUGUGGAAGCCGUCGAGGUGGUGGCAUUAGUGAUGAUGCGAUGAUGAGAUGAUGGAGGUUUUGGAAGCUAUCGAGGUGGGGUAGAGAAAGAAAGGAGGGCCGGGGGGGGGGGGGGGGGGGGGGGGGGGGGGGGGGGGGGGGAAAGGGUGGCAGAGGGGGAUGACGAGAACGGGGGACGAGGAGGAGGAGAAAUGAGGGGCAGAUGAUCUUUUCACAGGAAGAAGGAUAAGCAGGAAUGAAAUGUGUCUUGUGUGGCGAUUGCACUGGCGAACAUAAAAGGGACCUGCGCUGGGACCCCUGAAAUGUGUUUUGUGCGGCCGUUUUCUCCUUUGUUUCAAUUUACCCCAUGUUAAUAAUGUGUCCCCUGAUCAUCUAUCUCAUUUGGGUUGAAAGGUCAAAUGCAUGUUUUGUUCUCCCUGGCAGUGGUGGUGUGGCAAGACAAGGCAAAAUAGUGUGAAUCAACCGCUGUCCUGUUGGCAAGUCACGUAUUUACCAGUCUCUCCUCGACACCCCGCUCUCGAAUACUCCACAGUGUCACCCCCCCCCCCCCCCCCCCCCCCCCCCCGCCCGCCCGCUAGCAACAACCCCUCCAGCGCUCCUGCCACCCACUGGCUGGCGUGUCUUAGUCGACCUCCGUCUACACAGUUUUGGUUUCGGGAAUUUAUUGCGAGUAUAGACCGUUAUGUAGCGCGGGCGAUACAUCGUGUUGUGCACGAUCUCUGGGCGCAAGGACGAGGCUGUUCGCUCUGCCCAGUGACAGCAAAUCUUCCGUGGAGAAUUCAUUAUGCAGAUGGAGGGCGAUGGCAGCAGGGCUGCCAACACUUGGGAUGUGGGGCAAUAGAGUGGGAAGCGCGAAGACUGAGUCGGCAGCAGUGUGUGUGUCGAGGGGCGUGUGUGUGUGUGUGUGUGUGUGUGUGUGUGUGUGUGUGUGUGUGUGUGUGUGUGUGUGUGUGUGUUGGCCGGCGGGGGGGCGGAGGUGGGGAAGGACAAGUUUUUCAUCUUCGAGCAUCCAGUGAUGGUUGGUUUGUGGGCUCACAGGCAAUGAAAGGCCACGCUCGGCUUGGGUGUCUGUAAGGGAGUAGACUGUAGUCGUAGAUAGGUAUAUCGAUUUAUAUCUGGGUUGUCUCCUUAGAAGAGCUUACACAGGAAUUUGGAUUGGAUCUCAGUUGAGUGAGAGGGUGUUGCAUGCUUGGUGAAAGACACAGGGAAGAUUGACCGAGGCAUAUCUGCCGAGGAAGGCAGGUUCGAUGGGAGAAUCGAAAGGAAGAGAGGCGAGGAAAGAAUUUGGGAGGAUAGUGGAGUGGAGAACACUGUCUGUGUGAGGUUGAUGCAUUGCGGUGUUGUUGAGCAUUGCAUGUCUUGUUUGUCACCCGCGCGAAGAGAGUUCGAAGUGAAGUGCACGAUGGUGAUUUUGGUUCCCCAAUUUGAUUGACAUAAAAGUCUUAAAAGAAGCCGUGGUCUUUCCUUUCUUGCGUCUGCUUUUUUUCGUUCUUUUUCUCACUUGUCAGGCCCAAAG